CAAACUAUUUCUUUUAUAGGUUAACCAUUAUAAUACUCCAUUAUUACUAAUUUUGAAACAUAUACUCGUCGAUAUUCGUCGCUAUCGAAUGUUGCGUUUUAAUUUUUGACAUGAAAGGUUAUAAUAUUCUGUAAAUAUUAUAAGCGUACAUUAUAUAAGCACAAGUCACAAGAACAUCGUUGGAGUCAUUGGGAUAACUGCGUGCCAUUCGAUUGUCAGGUUAAGCAAAGCCUAGCGUGAUCAACACAUGGAGGGAAUGAUCGCUUGGAAUCGAAGCUAUCGACGGACGCAAGACGCGAGAAAAUUAGGAGUUUUUUACAUAACAAUAAUAUUACAGUUAUAUAACAGCUAUAUAACAUUUUAAUAACAUGUGAUAUUUCUGUUAUAUAACUGCAACUUUUUAUGAGUGGGAAAUUACAACUAACAUGUAUAUUGCUUGUAACGUUAUAUUACGUGUUACAUUUCGUUACAUUACGACAAUGUAACUGUUACGUAACUGUGUUACGUAACAGUUACAUUGUCGUUACGUAACUGUGUUACGUAACAGUUACAUUGUUGUACGUUUACUGGGAUUAUUUCAAUAUCAAACAAACAUUAAACCAUCACGAAAACUAUAUCGAAUGACAUCAUCCUGAUUUGUCUUAAAAUGACUUUUUUUUGAUAUCAUAAUUAUAUUAUUAUGAUUUUUUGUUCUGGGCAAGGAGAACAAAAGGUCACGAUAACAUCAAAAUUAUGUCAUUUUGACUUUAAAUAGUCAAUUUUUCAUCAAGACUCUAUGGCUGCGUUCGCUUUGGAUGCUUACACGCUUUAAACGCUUAUAAUCAUUACUUACAGCGUCCGCUUUGGCGUUGUAAACGCUUAUAAGUCGACCAACGACGUCAUCGUGACGUCAUAACUUUUGCUCACAGUCGCUUAUUUUAUCGAGGUAAGGCAACGAGAGCGUGAGCGCUAAUAAGCACAUUUUGACCAAAGUGAACGUAAAACGAAGCAAAAUAUGGCAUCCGACAAAAUUCGUAUAAAUCUUAAAGAUGCUGAAACUGGACAGAUUUACGCAAUAACAGUAACUAAAGAAGCAACAAGGAUUGAAAAUGUUAGUUAGUAAGCGUGCAAUACACAAUUCGAUUAAAAUGCUGACGCCAUAAAGUAUUUGUAAUACAUAAACUUGCAACUCUGCUGACUGAGAUCACGAAAGUAGAUUAUUGUGUCAGUCAUACCAAAGGCACUAGGAUAUACCAGGGCUGCGUUCGAAAAUACUCUUGGACGCUGCACAUACUAUAAAAGAAAGAAAUAGCGAAGAUGACAGUGAAGAUGAGAGUUUAUUUUUUGCUUAUCAAGUAUAUGUUAAACGUAAAAAAAGGAACAAAGUAAUAAAACUUAAUGGUUAUAUUAAUAAUGUUGUGCCUCAUUAUAAUACGCAAGUUUCGUCAACGACAGUUUCGUCAACAUUUUCGCCUUACAUCUACUGCGUUUGAAAUUAUAUUGAAUAAAUUAGCACCUAUAUGUGUUAUGUAAUAUUAGAAACAAAGGUAGGCCUGUCAUUCCACCUCGUACACAAUUAUUAGCUGUUCUGUGGUUAUUGGCUACACCAGAUUCAUAUCGAUCAGUGGGAGAGAAAUUUGCUCUUGGAAAAUCAUCUCCUCAUGAUUCUCUUAAAAGAAUUGUAAAUGCAAUAAAUAAUGUAGCAAAGUCUUUGAUAGUAUGGCCAACAAGGGAUGAAAUACACGCUAUAAAAAACCAAUUUGCACAACUUGGUUUUUUACCUGAUGUUAUUGGAUGAUUAAUGGAACACAUAUUCCAAUAAAAGCUCCAAACGAUAAUUCAUCAUCAUAUAUAACUAGAAAAAAGGAAUUUGCUAUUACAUUACAAGCUGUUUGUGAUGCAAGACUUAUAUUUAGAAAUUGUUUUGUGGGAUUUGCUGGAUCUGUUCAUGAUAAAAGAAUAUUUACAAGGUCUUAUUUAUGGUCAGAAAUACAUCGUAAUCAAGAAAAAUAUUUCCCUCAUAAUCAGUAUAUAAUUGGUGAUAAAGCAUAUCCAGUUUUACAAUGGUGUAUUCCACCUUAUAUUGAUCGUGGAAAUCUGACAGUGAUUCAAAUAUCAUUUAACAAAAAUGUAUCAAAGAUGAGACAAAUUAUAGAACGUGCGUUUGCAUUAUUAAAAGGAGCUGAUGAGAAUAAUAGAGAUUUCAUUGAGGAGGGAGCAAAUGUGGAAGUUGUAGAAAAUAUUGAAAUCAAUAUUGGUGAUGCAAGGAAUAAUCCAGCUGGUUUAGCAAAACGUGAUUACCUAUGUCAUCUUAUAGCAUAAUAGUUGUGUUUAAUUUUCUUACUACAUUUUAAGUAUCUUUUAUAGUCAAAUACGCACAUAAUUAUUAGCCAAUAAUAAAUCUGUAAUUUUUCUGUGCUAUUUCCUUUAUUUUAUUUCCAAGUUUUACACAAGUAUUGUGUAUCAAAUAGGUAUU